UGCUGCUAGACCUGGGCAGUCAGAUAGGGUUGGAUUGUCCAAGCCUCGCUUUCCUCCUCCUUCGACUGUCAGCUCCCUAGCCCUGGAUCCACUUGGCAGCUAGGCCACUAGGCCGGAACACGUGAAGACGCCAAUGAGAGGCGGGCCACCUUUUAGACUCCAAAGGCUGGGCCUAGUCGCACAACCUCUCUUACAAGCCCAGCCAGCCAGGCCUCGCCUCCGGUCCUCGAGGCUCUGGAUGGAUGAAGAUUGCAUCCCCGGGGGCUGGGGCACAGGGUCUGCAUCGCCCGCCUGAAAGCGGCGAACUGAGCUCGACUUCCCGCCGCCGGGAGCUGGCGAGCCCGCAGGUCAUGAUGAUGGGCAGCACUCGCGUGGCGAAGCUGCUGCUGCGCUACGGCGCGGACCCCAACUGCGCAGACCCCACCACUCUCGCGACACCGGUGCACGACGCCGCCCGGGAGGGCUUCCUGGACACGCUGGUGGUGCUGCACCGAGCCGGGGCGCAGCUGGACGUGCGCGACGCCAGGGGCCGCCUGCCCGUGGACCUGGCUGAAGAGGGAGACCACCUGGACGUCGCCCGGUACCUGCGCGCGGCAGCAGCGGGCGAGGAAGGCGAUAGCCACAGGGCUACGGAUGCCGCGGAAGAUCAUGCAGAUCCCGACCUCCACAAUUAGUAACAAGAAUAAGACCACCCUGACCUGCGUAGCUCUGUGGUUUGCACAACAUUCCGCAGAGUGGAUGGAAGGCGGCCACACGUCGUUGGUUUGAUUCGGGUCAGGGUACACGGUCGGGAUCCAAAAUUAAAUAAAAAAAUAUUUUUAAAAAAA